CGAGCUUCACACACACACACACACACACACACACACACAGAGCAGAGGAGGUCACAACUCUCAACCGAUUAUAUUAAUUAAAAAAAAUAAAUCUUUAUUUUUUAAAUUAAUGUCAACAUAAAGACUUCCGGCGGACACGCGGGACGGAGGGAAUAACCGUCGAAGCUCGCGACGUUCGGCAGAAAUGAGCGGCGGCCCUGCCUCCGUCCAGAUGGACGAGGUCAGGAGGAGAUCCCUGUCCCUCCUGUCCUCGUCAGGUAAUGCCCAGGACGUGAAAGCUGAAGUCCAGACCAUGGCCGGCAUCCCUCUGCCUCUGUCGGAGAAGUACCGUCAGUUUGGAGUGGAGGCCAUGCUGAGGGAGAACACGGCCGGACGCAACAGACAGGAGGUUCUGGAGUCUUUGAGUAGACUGGUCAAGGCCUUGAGUAUCCUGGAGAAGUACGGCUGCAACCUGACGAGUCCCACCAGGCCCAGAUACUGGAGGAGCGUCAAGCACAACAACCCCGUCUUCAGGACGACGGUGGAUGCCAUCAAGGGAGGCCGGAGAGUCCUCUACCUGUACGGUUACACCAAUCAGCAGGUCGAUGGCCUCAGUUUCCCCGAUGAAGUCACCGAACCAGACGCGGAAAAAGUUGCUGCAGUGACGCUGGAGGUCAUGACCUUACGCACAGAGGUGGACAUGCUCAUCAAGGGCACUCAUCCUCACCUAGAACACUUCCAAGAUGUCAUCCCAUUUAUCACCCAGCAGGAGAAACCGGUGAGUGACUCUGCAGACGAGCAGCCGGUAGACAAACCCGAAGUCCUGUCUCCUCUACCUAAACCCGCUCAACCUCUGAAACCUUCGACAGGCUCUCCUGUAGCGAGUGACUGUAACUUGUGUGGCGGUCCCUCGUCCCUCGUUUGCCCGUCCUGCGACAAUCAGCCUCUCUGUGACGCAUGCGAUGACCUCUUUCACCGCCACCCGUCCAGAGCCAAUCACAAGAGAGAUAAAAUCCAUAAAACCAAACCAGAAACCUGCAGCAUCUGCGGGAUUUCCUCCGUUCACGCUCAGUGCUCCACGUGCGUCCAGAGGUUGUGUCGGAAAUGUGACCUGCUUUUCCACUCUCACCCCGACCGCAAAGGACACAACAGAACCAAUAUCACACCAGCUAAAACAUCCAGUCCGUCUCUGUCGCCCUGGGAGUGCUCUCAUUGCACCACAGUGAACGAGAUGCGAGCCGUCCUCUGCGCGACCUGCGAGCGGCCUCGACUCGCUACGGCAGCCUCCAACGUUCAAGAAAGCCUGAUGUCGGUUCCUACGUCUCCCAACACGGAGUGGCAGUGUAAGAGCUGCACAGUUGUGAAUCAAGGCAGCAGCAUCCUCUGUGAGGUGUGUGAGCGCCCUCGUCUGGCCACUCGCCCGCCCGUCGCUCCGGUUCUGUCCAGCCCAGGAUCUCUGUCCGACUCUGGGACAAAGUGGAUGUGUCAGUUCUGCACCUACGUAAACACCAAGCCGGCUCUGGUGUGUGAGAUGUGCAACCUGUCAGGUAAAGACUCUCCCACCGGAGUUUCUCUGCCCCUGUCCCUCCAGCAGACUCCGUCCAGCACCAAAGAUCAAUCGCAGCCGGUCACGAGGCCCCAACCGAAGCCGAGACUCAACACGGAUCUGAGAAGGCAGAAGACGAUGAGGGAAGACGGCCUCGCUCUCAUCCACCAGAUCAGAGAAGCAGAAAAGUGCGGCAUCAGUCCUGAGGAGGUGUAUGCGGCCAUCCUGUGCUCCAGCAGCAACAACACUAAACCGUGCGACUGGGUGACGUCGGAGCUGCCUCACCUGCUGGAUGAAAUCUGCGCCAUGGCGGCUUCCGUCCAGCUAAACUACAAAGCGGGGGAUUGUGGGAUACAACCCACGGUGGUGAGGGACGGAGAGGAGCCGGAGCAGAGCGUCCCCGGUGAAGGCGUGAAGCUGUCCAGAGCCGAGGCCAAGCUGGCCUGGCUGGCAGCCGGAGGAGACACAGACCGAGCGGUGAAACAGCUGCUGAGAGACCGACAGCACAAGAUGAAGGAGCUCCACUCUCUGGGCUUCAGGGACUCGUCUCAGUCUGAGGAGGCCCUGCGGCUAAGCGGCGGCGAGGUGAAGGGCGCCCUGUCUCUGCUGCAGCGCCCCCUCCUGGAGCCUUUCCACCAGCGUAUUUGGACCGACCAGCCCGAGCCGCCGAUUGAUCCCAAAAAUCCAGACAAACAGAGGAUGUGCAGGCGUCUGCUGGCGCUGUACGACCUGCCCAGCUGGGGCCGCUGCGAGCUCGUCCUCUCGUUGCUUCAAGAACCGGACGUCACCUACUCGCUGGAGGACGUCGUGCAAGCCGCGAAGGAGUCGCACGACAAAGAUUUCAUCCGCCGUCUCCUCAACAACGAGUGCCCCUGCUGUUUCAGCAUCUUCCCCCGCAGCAAGAUGCAGUCUCUGACUUCAUGUCAGUGCUCCGUGUGCCACGAGUGCUUCGCGAUGCACUUCACCGUCGCCGUGAGAGACAAACACAUCAGAGACAUGGUGUGUCCCGUCUGCAGAGAGCCGGACAUCAACGACCCCGAACAACUGGACAGCUACUUUUCUACGCUGGCCAUACAGCUGCAUGAAUGCCUGGAGCCGGACGUGUACGACCUGUUUCAUAAAAAGCUGACGGAGCACGCCCUGAUGAAAGACCCGAAGUUCCUGUGGUGCUGUCACUGCACGUCUGGAUUCAUCAACGAAAUCAAUGAAAACCAGCUGAAGGUCACCUGCCUGUCCUGCCACAAGAGUUUCUGCGCUCAGUGUAAGAAACCUUGGGAGUCUCAGCACCAGGUUCUGUCCUGUGAGCAGUUCCAGCAGUGGAAGAGGGACAACGACCCCGAGUACCAGAGGCAAGGCCUGGCCGGCUACCUGAGGGACAACGGCAUCACCUGUCCUCACUGCAGGUUCCAGUACGCUCUGACCAAAGGCGGCUGCAUGCACUUCAGCUGCUCCCAGUGCCGGUACCAGUUCUGCAGCGGCUGCAACAACUCGUACCACAAGACGGCGUGUAAGACGCCUCCGUGCAGUUACACCGGUCUACAUGCUCAUCAUCCACGUGACUGUCUCUUCUAUCUCAGAGACUGGGAGCCGGCCAGACUGCAGGAACUGCUCAAGAUGAAGGGCGUGGAGUUCAACACAGAUCCUUCGGCUGGAACUCAAACGGACUCUUGUCGUGUGAUGGAGCAGAAAGACGAGGAAGGCCUGCAGGUCGAUUCGCCGUGUGGCAUCCAGACGAAGCCGGGACAAGCCGGACUCUGCGAGAAGCACUACAGGGAGUACCUGGUGAGUCUGAUAAACGCUCACUCUUUGGACCCGGCUCUGCUCUACGACGCCCACGAGCUGACCCGGGCCUGCGAGAGAUACCAGGUGGACACGCAGAGAGGCGAGAACGAGGAGGACGACGCCUACCACGCUCGACAGCUCAAGAAACUGAUGGAGGUUCCUCUUGGAGAGAAAGUUCCUCGAAACAAAUAAAAGUUCCUCAGCAGAACGUCUUCAACAGUCGAGCGGUUCUGAAACAAGACUUGUGGUUUGCGGCUCUGUCUCUCUGUGUGUUGUCGUCUCCUUCCUCGUCUGUCAUCAUGAUGAAUAAUCUGUUCGACCUGUUUCUCUGAUCUUCAUCUCAAACCUCUCUCUCUGUGUCUUCGGGCCACACUGACACAUUUAAAGAUUUAUCUUUUGCACUUAAAGGAAACGUAUGUUCGAUUUUUAUCUCCGAACAUUGAUUGUAGCAAUACUGUGUGAAAUCACGUAAACAACAGAAGAGUUAAACAUCAGCAGCGUCUCCCUCUCGAACGUAUAAAUGUCAGACUGUUGAUUUUCUGCUCUGUUUCACUUUGUAAACGAUGAAAGAUAAAGAAAUAUUUUGGAUUUAUUGAUGCAUAAAUAAUAAUAAAUGAGACUGCACUAUGA